AUGGAUACAAUGAAACAAACUUUCAACAUCACUCUUUUACUUUUCAUCAUCUUUAUUGACGUAUUAUUAUGUUCAAAAAUAUCUAAACCAGUUGUAUCUCAACAAGAUGCAGUAUCUUGGCUUAAUAAAUUUGGUUAUAAUCCAUGUUUAAAUUCAGAUGUUCAAUGUAGUUUAAGUCUUUCAACUUUAUUACAAGAUUAUCAAAAACGUUUUCGUUUAAAAAUAACUGGAAAAUUAGAUGAUAAAACUAAAGAACAUAUGAAUCGACCACGCUGUGGAAAUGAAGAUAAACCAAUAGCUGAAAUGAAUGCUGCAUCUCUGUCAGGGCUAAAUAAAUGGUCACGUUCAUCAUUAACAUAUUCAAUACGUGGUUAUCCAACACAAUUAGGUCAAACACAAACAACAAAUAUUAUUCAUGAAGCAUUUCAAGCUUGGGCUGAUCAUGUUCCAUUAACAAUUGAAUCUGUUUGUUCAACAUGUCAAGCAGAUUUUGUUAUCGAUUUUGUACGUGAACAACAUACAGAUCGAUAUCCAUUCGAUGGAGCUGGUGGAACAUUGGCACAUGCAUUUUUUCCCGUAGAUGGUCGAGUACAUUUUGAUAAAGAUGAACCAUGGACGGAAAGUUUCAGUAAUCGCGACAUAAAUCUAUAUUUGGUGGCCGUUCAUGAAAUUGGUCAUGCACUCGGCUUAGACCAUACAUACAAUGACAAAUCCAUCAUGUAUCCGUCUUAUCAACUAAUGCCAAAAUCAAACAUUCUUCCACAACCUGAUCGUGAUGCAAUUCAAUCUAUAUAUGGUAAACAAGGGUCAUUUGAAACAACACGAACUACAAGAUCAACAACAACAAAAUCAACAACAACAAAAUCAACGCGAAAAAGUUCUACUUCUACGAAAAAUUCUGUUACGAUUGCUCCUGGAAAAUCACAUACUCGUUGUCGUCUCUUUCUUGAUGCUGCUUUCAAACAUCCCGAUGGCACAUUCCAUACAUUCAAUGCUGGUUUACUUUGGCGUUAUUUACCUGAUGCAAACUCAUGGGAAAAUCAAUUUACAACCGAAAAGAUUUAUCCAAAGUUACCAGAUAGACUAAAGGCAGGUGUAUAUGAUAGUCGAAAAAACGAAAUAGUAUUUUUUACAGAUAAAUAUGUUUAUCGUUAUGAUGUUGACUAUGAAAAUCGGGUCACACUUCGAAAGGAACAAAGUCUUCCCAGAAAUUUACAAAACUCAAUUGUUGGCGCUAUUUAUUAUCAUAGUGAAAUUCAUAUAAUAACAUCAACAACAAUACGUUUAUUUGAAUUAGAUAAUAGUUAUCAACAAUCUAAUGAACGAAGUUUAAGUGAAGAAUUUCCACGUUUUACUGGUAGAGUUAAAACUGCAUUUAGUUAUGGAAAUUUACAUCAUUUUUUUACAAACACUGGACGUGUUUAUGUUUGGAGUGAACGAUUAAAUUCAUGGCAAACAUUUGGUGAACCUAUGGAAACAGGUUGGUUUGCCUGUUCAGGUACCAAUACAAAUAAUCCAACAUUUGUUCACACGGAUCAAUCAGUUGAAAAACCUAAUUAUCGAAAUCCUAAUCGUCACCGUCAUCGUCACCAUCAUCAUUAUGAUUAG